GUGAGCACACCAGUCUACCUCUUUUAUUUUUUACCAGAGUUAGUGAUUUAAUCUUGCAGAGGGCAAUGUCAGAUUCCAGGCGGUGCCGGAGGGACUUUGGCUGCUCCCUCGGCGCAGAUCAGAUGGCAGAUGCUGGUUUUGGGACAUCUCUUCCACAGCCCAGCCCUCAGCGGCACCUCAGACUGAGUGCUGUGUGUCCACCGCACCACAUCACACGGCCUCUAGCAAGCCUUUUGUCCUGCUCUGCGAUGAAAUUUCAUUACCUCCUGCCGCUGCCUCAGUCUGAAGACCAUAUAACUGCAGAACCCAGGAUUAAAAAACUGGAACCAAUACUUUUGCCAGGUGAAAUUGUGGUAAAUGAAGUCAAUUUUGUGAGAAAAUGCAUUGCAACAGAUACGAGUCAAUAUGACCUGUGGGGCAAAUUGGUUUGCACUAACUUCAAGAUUUCCUUUAUUACAGAUGACCCAAUGCCACUACAGAAAUUCCAUUAUAAAAACCUCCUCCUCGGUGAACAUGAUGUCCCACUAACAUGCAUUGAGCAGAUUGUCACAGUGAAUGACACCAAGAGGAAGCAGAAGGUUCUUGGUCCCAACCAAAAACUUAAAUUUAAUCCAACUGAAUUAAUCAUUUAUUGCAAAGACUUCCGUAUUGUCAGAUUUCGUUUUGAUGAAGCAGGUCCUGAAAGUGCAAAAAAGGUGUGCCUUGCAAUAGCUCAUUAUUCUCAGCCAACAGAUCUUCAGCUUCUCUUUGCAUUUGAGUAUGUUGGAGAAAUAUAUCACAAUCCAGCAAAGAAGGUGAACGGAAUAGACCCAGGAGGUGGUGGUGGUGGCAGCAUUGGCAGUGCCAGUGGUCAGCAGACACCUUUGUUUGAAACUUACUCUGAUUGGGAUAGAGAAAUCAAAAGGACAGGUGCAUCAGAGUGGAGAGUUUGUUCAGUCAACGAAGGUUAUAUGAUAUCUACUUGUCUCCCAGAAUAUUUUGUGGUCCCAUCUUCCUUAGCAGAUCAAGACCUUAAGCUAUACUCCUACUCUUUUAUUGGGAGACGAAUGCCAGUAUGGUCCUGGAAUCAUCCUAAUGGGAGUGCCCUUGUAAGAAUGGCCAACAUUAAAGAUGUAUUGCAGCAAAGAAAAAUUGAUCAAAGGAUUUGUAAUGCAAUAACUCGAAGCCAUCCUCUGAGAAGUGAUGUUUUCAAAUCUGAUCUGGACAAGUGUCUUCCCAGCAUCCAGGAAAUCCAGGCGGCACAUAUCAAACUCAAACAGCUGUGUGUUAAUGAGCCCUUUGAAGAAACAGAAGAGAAGUGGCUAUCCUCACUGGAAAAUACUCACUGGUUAGAGUAUAUCAGAUCAUUUCUUAAGCAUUCUGCUGAGCUUGUAUAUAUGAUGGAGUGUAAGCAUGUUUCUGUAGUUCUACAAGAGGAAGAGGGACGGGACCUGAGCUGUCUUGCUGCUUCUCUCAUUCAAGUCAUGCUGGAUCCCUAUUUUCGAACAAUUGUUGGAUUUCAAAGCUUGAUACAGAAGGAAUGGGUCAUGGCAGGAUACCAAUUUUUGGAUAGGUGUAACCACUUAAAAAGAUCUGACAAAGAGUCCCCUUUGUUCUUGAUGUUUCUUGACUGUGUUUGGCAGCUGCUAGAACAAUACCCAGCAGCCUUUGAGUUUUCUGAAAUGUACUUGACCAUAUUGUACGACAGUGCGCGUAUCUCAUUGUUUGGCACUUUCCUCUUCAAUUGUCCACACCAACGAGUAAAGGAAAGCACUGAAUUUGCCAUAAGCAAAAACAUUCAGCUGGGUGAUGAGAAGGGCCUCAGAUUUCCUUGUGUUUGGGACUGGUCUCUUCAGUUUACAAGCAGGGAUCGCCUGCUCUUUCACAACCCCUUGUAUAUUGGGAAGAGCGCACCGUGUGUACAAAAUGGAGCAGUGAAAACCUUUAAACGCUCAAAGAAAAACUACAGCUCAACUUUGCGAGGUGUCCCCCCUGCAUUAAAAAAUGGAAUCAUCAGUGACCAGGAGUUCCUUCCAAGAAGAAACUCUCUGAUACUAAAACUGAAACCGGACUUUCUACAGCAAACAGAGAGUCAGAGUAACAGUAUGGAACAGUACUUCAGAGACUGGUUUACGAAGCCUGUUGAUUUGCACGGUGUAAUUUUACCCCAUAUCUCUGGAACACAAAUAAAACUCUGGAAACUGUGCUACUUCCGCUGGGUUCCUGAGGCCCAGAUUAAUCAUGGUGGCUUCAUCACUGCUUUUCAUAAAGUUUCUUUGCUGGCAGAUGAAGUGGACAUGUUAAACCGGAACCUCCGACAGUACAAAAGCAACUCUUCUUUGCAAGGUAACUGCUCAGAACUGGAUCAAAGCAGAAUGUACUUCAGAGCAAAUGGUUUAAACGACACCACUGGGGCCCCAGACUUUCUCUCCUCCUCUUUCCCGUUUUCACCUGUAGGGAACCUGUGCAGACGGAGCAUUCUGGGAACACCUUUAAGUAAAUUUUUAAGUGGUGCCAAAAUCUGGCUAUCCACUGAGACGCUUGCAAAUGAAGAUUAAGAUGAUGUGAUGAUUUAAAGGCUUGGGGAGAACAUAGCAUAUCAUUUUGUCUUUUCUAAUUUAACACUGCUAAAUGCAGCAUUGAAAGCUGUAAUAAUUUUAUAUACAAAAAUUUCGUAAGUUUUGCACAAAUAUUUAAAAGCAAAGCGAGUCGUGUUUCAAAUCGCACAAUUUUGUCUUCAGUAGUUCUCAUCUACAUGUCUUGUUUGGUUUCUGGUUCCUAAUUCAUUCUAUAUUUUUGGGGUUUGGCUCACUAUAUACGAUUGAGCAUUUGUAAUGAAUGCUAAUGCUAAUUGAAAGGCUUGGUGUAGUCAUUAUUGAGGGUUGUUUGAAAUACCUGUUGUCCCAGAUAGUGACUGAAGUGACUUUGUGUCAAACAGACUGACAAAUCAAAGUAGUUAGAUGCAGCUAACAUGUGUACUAAUGUUCUGUGACUUGAUCACCCUACAUACGUGCAUCCAUGGGGGGAGCGUUCCCUUUUCUUUCUCUCCCCAAAACACAUCCAUUAACAACCAGUCAGAUUUGUGCUCUUUAUCAUGAGCUUGACUUUAGGCUAUAGGAAUCAACUUCAGGACAAUGCACUGUUAACCUUAAAACAUUUACUGUACAUAUGGUAUCAUAGUAGCUUUAGAAGUGCCUUUAAUCGGGAGGAAACAGUAGCAGGAUUUACUCUGAUGCAGCUACCCAUUCAUCCACCCCUGGCCUUUCUACAGUCGACUGUUCCGCUAAGUUCUGGUUCCAUCCUCUGCCUUUCCCUCCCCAUUUCUGGAAUAACAGAAGGCUGGCUUAGGAGACAGUAGUUUUUUUUUUCCUCUCAAAGUUUAAGCUCAUUUUUGAGUUUCAGAAGAGCCUCAUUUUUUUCUUUAAGCACCGGAAAUACUCACCAUUAUAUCCCUGCACAGGCCUGGAUCCCCGCCAACCCCUCUCAUCACUCUGUUUCAGGAUGAAGUAGCUUUCAGCAUAAUUCAUACUUAAGCCAUGCAGGGUUCCAGAAAUGAGGCUGUGCUCUUAGUGGCUAAAUCAACAAGGGGUGCUGUUGCUGUUGUCACUUAUAAACAGGGCUGGAAGAAGAGUGGUUAGCAGUGCCUUCUUUUUUUAUGUACUCCUAGCACAUGCGGACAGUGCAAUGGACAAGCACAGCUUGAGGGAAUUAAAUCCAACAGCUUCCCUCUGCCUAAUGCAGCAGCUUCCUCACUGCUUUUAAACCUUUUAAAUGCCACUCACUGUCAGAUGCUGCGUGAAAAAAACCUCAAGUUUCUUAGGGAGAAAAAUGAGAGAGUGAAGUGCCCUGGGGUGGAGGGGGAUAGUGGUGUGUCAUUCUCACAGGUUAAGGCAUUGGUGGAGAACAAGAGAAUGCUUCUGUUGAGUACCUUCUCUUAACAGUGAGUCUUCCUUUUAUACUAACUGAUUUCUGUGUAAAAUGCAAAAGCUGUUAAACUGAUGCUGAGCCUCUCUUCAGGCACAAACUUGCAAGUUAAGGCUCUGAAGGCCUUGUAUGAAGCUAUUCUCAGUUGUUAUGAAAAAAAAGGGUUAUGAUGUUCAUACCCAGUAUAUUUUAGUGAAAAAAAAAGGCAGGGGAAUAGGAUUUGGAGCUGUUCGUUUGUCUGUAAAACCAAACACUGGUCCUCAGCACAGCCUGUAUCACAAUAAUAAGGGUUUUGGAUGUCUAAGAUUGCUCAUGUAUUACAAGUGCCAACUUUGUGCUAGAAAGUCUGGUGCAUACAGGACCGUAUUUUCUGCAGGCUGAAAAUUAUCCAAACUGCAAAACUGUUGAACACUGGGUAUGCUGCGUUCUCACACUGUGUUUGGUCUGGUGGGGAUAGGUGGGCAGUUUCAUUUUAAAGGCUAGCUGAUAUAAGAGAGGAGAAAGAAAAGACUUCCUUUUUUUUAACUAACCAAACCCCCCAAAACCUGUUGUUAUGCAAAGAAGCGGGGUGUGUGUGUGUGCAUGCAUGUGCACACAUGCAUGUUAUGACAUAAUGCCAGAUUGUUUCUGGUCAACUGGUUCUGAGGAAAAAAUGUGUAUUCACCUCAAUUGCCUAAUUAUGCUGCAAGAUGGUUUGAGCAUGUUAUAUGGUCCACAAACUAGUUCUGUUUAUUUACGAGCUUGUUGGAGCAGUCAACUAACCUGUUCAAUUCAUUAUUCAAAUGUUUGUGUUAGUUUGCUUUUGUAGUUUUUUUUUAAACUAGCUUACUGCUUUCCCUGGCCUGAUACUUGACUUCAACCUGUGUGCUUAGUGUAUUUUGGUACCAGUUCUUCCUCUGUUAAAUUACAGUUUAAAAUAUGCUUUUUUUUUUUUUUUCCUUAAAGGUAAAACUUUGUUUGGUUUAAAGGUACCAAAAAUGUGUAAAUAAAUUACUCCACACAGGCAGCUGGUGGAAUAAAAAAAAAAUAACGUUAAGCUAGUACCCUUUAGGGAAAAAUGGGUACUAUAUUUAAACAGGAUUGACUUCUUUGUAAGGAGAUUUCAGAAAUUUUUACAUUUCAGUUCUAAGAUGUGUACAGAUGCUGCAGAUGGUUUUUGUACUUUAUAUUAUAUAUAUAUAUAGCAUGGGGGGGAGCAUUAAAAAUAAUAUGCCUUUAAAAUAAAACCUUUCUAAAUGCCUAUUUGCCAAACAGACUUGAAAAGUAAUUUCACGAAGUUCAAAAAGGGGAGUUAGGCAGGCGAAGGCUGGGAUGGUGAUAAGCAUGGGGAAGGAGCAGUGGGGACUCCCUUAAUACAUGGCUAAGGGGGCGCAGGGAGGAAGGCGGCCGAUCCAUGUGUCCCAAAAAAUACAGACAAGGUUCUGCUUCCUUGUGUUUGCAUGGGCCUUGCCCAUGAACAAACUACUGUGUGUGUGCGCGCAUGCAUGCCUGUGAAUGCUGUUUCUUCCCCUUAAGUUAAACAGAUUUUGUUUUGUUUUACUUCUUAAACACAGGUACUAGAAGUUAAUUUUAAAGUAUUUCCCACUCUACACAGUUGCCUUAUUGUCAGUAGGGACUGCUCUAUAUGUCUUUAAUAGCUUUCAGAAGCAUUUUUUGGGGUGUGAGUACUUAUCUUUAACUUCUGUGUACAAAAUACUGACAUACAAGUGUAUAUAUGUGUGUGUAUAUAUGUACACAUUUUCAAAUUAUAAUUCUGUUCACCGUUUCAACAUACUAAACUGUUAAUGCCAUUUUGAUGCUACCAGAAUAGAAAAACUACCAAGAAGCUCAUCUUUUUUUGUCUGUUUCUAAAAAAUAAUAAUAAUAAUAAUAAUAAUAUGUGCACUAUUUUGGCUGUUACUGGCUGUUAUAAUCAUGAUUUUUUUUAUUGUAACUACACUGUAAACCAUGCAGGGGGGAAAUACGAAAUGCUGGUUGAUAUGGUUAACGUGUACCUCCAGUAUCACUAGUUACUGCCAGGCAGAGGUUACUGCAGACAUAGUAAUCAUGGUGGUACAACUUUAUUCCCCAUUUACUGCCAUGUAUCAAAGAAAUUCCUUUCAUUCCUGAAAUGCAUUGAAAAGUGUGUGUUUGUGUGUAUACAGAUACCCAGGCCUGCACAUGUGUUUAAUGUGCACCUGCCUGCAAUACCACUUUGCUAUUAACUGCCUUGUAUUUUUAAUGAAGAUGUAGCAAGUGGGGCAAAGGUUUUGGCUUACGCUCAGACAGAAAGAAACAUUAAAACCAAAAAAUUUCUAACCAACAGUUAAGCAAAGGAUGAGAUCUUAAAUUUGCCUCCACCAUAAGAGACAGAAAUCUGUACCUCAAAUUGCUCUAGGCAGUAGGUUUCUAAUGCUGUUGCUGUGAUGGCUUAGAGUUCGCUAUUUCAACUGAAACUAAAACCUUUGUGCCUGAUAAUGAUUUAUUGAGUAAAGUAGCAGUGCCAGGAAGAUUAUAAAAUCCUGAUGCUGAAUUGUGAAUGUGAAGUAAAUUAGACUAAAUAAAAGUUCAUACCUUUCCACAGUGAA